AUGCAUAAUUACCUACAUGAAUCACUAUUUCUUAAAACAUCAUCAUCAUCAUCAUCAUCAUCAUCAUCAUCAUCAUCAUCAUCAUCAUCAUCAUCAUCAUCAUCAUCAUCAUCAUCAUCAUCAUCAUCAUCAUCAUCAUCAUCAUCAUCAUCAUCAUCAUCAUCAUCAUCAUCAUCAUCAUCAUCAUCAUCAUCAUCAUCAUCAUCAUCAUCAUCAUCAUCAUCAUCAUCAUCAUCAUCAUCAUCAUCAUCAUCAUCAUCAUCAUCAUCAUCAUCAUCAUCAUCAUCAUCAUCAUCAUCAUCAUCAUCAUCAUCAUCAUCAUCAUCAUCAUCAUCAUCAUCAUCAUCAUCAUCAUCAUCAUCAUCAUCAUCAUCAUCAUCAUCAUCAUCAUCAUCAUCAUCAUCAUCAUCAUCAUCAUCAUCAUCAUCAUCAUCAUCAUCAUCAUCCUCAUCAUCAUCAUCAUCAUCAUCAUCAUCAUCAUCAUCAUCAUCAUCAUCAUCAUCAUCAUCAUCAUCAUCAUCAUCAUCAUCAUCAUCAUCAUCAUCAUCAUCAUCAUCAUCAUCAUCAUCAUCAUCAUCAUCAUCAUCAUCAUCAUCAUCAUCAUCAUCAUCAUCAUCAUCAUCAUCAUCAUCAUCAUCAUCAUCAUCAUCAUCAUCAUCAUCAUCAUCAUCAUCAUCAUCAUCAUCAUCAUCAUCAGCAUCAUCAUCAUCAUCAUCAUCAUCAUCAUCAUCAUCAUCAUCAUCAUCAUCAUCAUCAUCAUCAUCAUCAUCAUCAUCAUCAUCAUCAUCAUCAUCAUCAUCAUCAUCAUCAUCAUCAUCAUCAUCAUCAUCAUCAUCAUCAUCAUCAUCAUCAUCAUCAUCAUCAUCAUCAUCAUCAUCAUCAUCAUCAUCAUCAUCAUCAUCAUCAUCAUCAUCAUCAUCAUCAUCAUCAUCAUCAUCAUCAUCAUCAUCAUCAUCAUCAUCAUCAUCAUCAUCAUCAUCAUCAUCAUCAUCAUCAUCAUCAUCAUCAUCAUCAUCAUCAUCAUCAUCAUCAUCAUCAUCAUCAUCAUCAUCAUCAUCAUCAUCAUCAUCAUCAUCAUCAUCAUCAUCAUCAUCAUCAUCAUCAUCAUCAUCAUCAUCAUCAUCAUCAUCAUCAUCAUCAUCAUCAUUAUCAUCAUCAUUAGAUAAAGCAUCGAAUAUGGGACCAUUCGGUUUAGUAGAAAUAUGA